AUGGCGAUGGAGACGAUGCCGGAAGUGGCGCCUCAGAGCACAACCCCGGAACGGCGUCAGAGGCCACCCCUGCAGCGCGCCUCCAUGGCGCUCCAACACCCUUCCAUGGCGCUCCAGCGCCCUUCAAUGGUGCUUCAGUGCACCAUCAAUGGCACUGAUGCGCGCUCCGAUGCCUCUGGGAGGCUAUAUCCUCCAAAGCGUCCACUUGUUGACAUAGCUGAGGUGUUUUUGCGGCUCAUGGCAUCUGGUACCAUUUUAUCUGCAUCUUACUGGUCUGCAUGGAGUGCCAGAGAAGCAGCUAAUGAGCAGGACAAGCUAUUAAAGGAUGCUUCAGAUGAGUUUCUAAGUACAGAGGGCACUGGUUCUAGUGGUAUGGCGGAUAUCAACACGACAUCAGCAGUUCUUUUUGUUGUGAUCGCUUCAUGUUUCUUGGUUAUGCUUUAUAAAUUUAUUUCAUUCUGGUUUGUUGAGGUUCUGGUGGUUCUGUUUCGCAUUGGUGGGGUAGAGGGCCUUCAGACUUGCUUGGUGGCUUUGUUAUCUUGUUUCAGAUGGUUUGAACAAGCUGCAGAAUCAUUUGUUAAGGUGCCAUUCUUUGGAGCCGUCUCAUAUCUGACUUUGGCUAUGUCUCCAUUCUGCAUAGCAUUUGCUAUUGUUUGGGCAGUUUUUUUUCGCCGCAUCAACUUAGCUUAG